AUGGCUCUCUCAAUCGCGAAAAAGUUCAUUCGUUUUGAAGCUUCUCCAUCGCCCCAGUCCCCAGAGCAAUGGAAGAAAACAAUUCAAGAUGUCAAGCUGCUGUAUUUCCAGCGUCAGUACAAGCAAUGCGCCGCCCGUUCUUUUGAGAUCCUGGAGGCUGUAAAAGAGCCAAUCCAUCCGGUCUACAAGACAUACCUUUAUUUCUACAGCGCCAUUUCCUAUGAGGAAAUGGGCCGAGCAGCCCAUAACUACUCCCGGAGAAAGAUUCCUCUGCUGAAUUCCGCCCUGGACAGCUUCGUCACCUGCAGUGCAAUUCUGCCCUCGACAAUUCCAGUUCCUGAAAUCAACUCGGAGAGCUCGAGUCCUGCUUCGUUGGUGGAGUCAUGGACCGCAUCAGAUUUUUCGGAGAGUCCUUCGCCUGUCGGGGGCCUCGUGAGCAGCAUUACGGACAUCAUCGACAAGUCCAUGCACUGCCCGGACGAUGAUCCUUUCAUCUCAGAUAGUGAGGGCUGGGUUGAUCUGGCUCUCGACAUUCCAGAGGCCCUUCCACCCCGCAUUCCACAGGACGAUCAGCGACUCAUGCCUUCGCCCCUUCGACUUCGAAAGUCGUCGGUUGAUCUCCGUCCGGCUGGUCGACAGAAUCAACCCGCGAGACUUUGUCGUCCCCCUCCUCUUCCUAUCAAGAUUCUGCCUGCGGAUGCCAUGGAAAAGAACCACGAACCUUCAGGACCUAGCAGAACUCCCCGCGCGCACGAUAGAGGAGAAGUCCACGCGGAUGAGCACAAACAAACGCCCGUGACACCGUCACGCGCCGAGUCCAUUAGACGAUAUAACAGCACCCUCCAGUCCUUGCGAGUUCAGAUCAACUCCAGCAUCGCCGACAUUCACACACUCAUGGACGAGGUCAAGGAGUUGCAGUCUGCCCGUCGAGCGUCGAAGAGUUUCCGCCGGUCUGCUUCAUUCUGGAGUUUCAGUCCCGUCAAGGAGGGUCCUGAUGGUCAAGAGAAACUGGGUAGUUCGGGGAGAGUCAUUGUCAAGGAGACCAAGGAGCAGCGGAUUGCUCGACUGCGUGCCGAGGGAUGGAAGACGGUCGGGUUGAGGUCUCCAGUCCGUGGCUGGAAGGGAGCGGCGUACUACCAAGCGUACUGCAAUUCUGUUUUGGACGAAUUGUAUCUUGAGGUGUAA